CGCGUCACCUCAUCGAUGGAUUGAUUUCGCGGCUACGCUUUGGCUUAUCUCGAGAGAGAGACUGAGGGGUGGAACGAUCGGAACCGAAGAAGCUGAGGGAUUAUCGUCGUCCAUCAGCGACGCAUGGAAACAAAUCCGAACCCCGAUCUCGAACUGGUUCACGUCGCCAUCCAGAGACUCCUCGAGGAUAAGAAGGAGGAGGAGGAGGAGGAGCAAAAGAGGAAGCGACCACCACAAGCCUCCGGCGAUCUAGUCUCUUUCGACGGCGAUGGCGACGGCGACGGCGACCACCUCCUCCUCUCGAAACUGCUCUCUCAGGUGGAAUCAUUGAAAGCGAGUCGCGCGAUCAAGAAACCCGAGGCAUCGGCCGAUACAGGGGUUGCGGUCAACGAAGUCAAGGCGAAGAGUGAUGCCACGGUCGGGGCGGCUGAACCUGAAGCCGAGGAGGGAAAGGGAGGUGGCCAAAUGGAGGCCACGCCGGAGGAGAUAGUGAGGGAGCUAAGGAAGGUGAAGAGGCAGAACACGGUGACGCACUGGCUUCUCUCGGCCAUGAUCGUGCUCACCCUCGCUUGGCAACUCUCGGAGGUGUCCCUCAUUCUGAAGGUGAGAGAAGGCCUGAGCCAUCCGUUCAGGUCCAUCGGGAGCACGAUCACCGACUUCUUCAAAGGCCCAGCUGUGAAAGGCCGAGAUGACAUGGACAAGGACGCCGACCGGAGGCAGAGCGAGACGAUCGGAAUCCCUCCGCUCCAAAUGCCAGAGGUUCCGCAUUUCGACGUGCCCGAUCUGAUUCCAAACGGUGAAAAUCAUUCCCCUGCAAGUGUCUGAACUAUAGGGUUAUCUGGAAAAUGUUCCCUUGAUUUUUGUCAUUUGAGGUUGCUACGCUUCCAACUCAGUUUGAGGUUGCUAUGCUUGAUCAGCGUCUUAGUACGAAAGCCAGCCAGCCAGCCAGGCAGCUGCAAAUUGAUGAAAAAGUCUACCUGUCGUGUGAUUUUGUGGCCACUUUUGGCAUAUGAGCUUGAAUGCAUUAGAUAUGCUGGAGCUUUUAAC